AUGACGGCAGGAGGGGCGUGUCGCUGGGCCUGCUGCGUGGCGGUGUGGUUGGCGGCGUUGCUGCUGGUGCACGUCGGCGGCGGCAACGCUGCGGUGACGCUGCGCCUCGUGCAGGUGGUGCACCGCCACGGGUCGCGGGCGGCCGUCGUGAAGUACAACCAAACGCAGAUCUGUGGCGACGUCCCGUGCGGGCAACUGAACGAGGCCGGGCGGAAAAUGCUGACGAACGCCGGGAAGUUCCUGCGGGAGCGGUACAACGUCAAGGGCGCGAAGCCCUUCUUCCCCUCGGAGAGCUACGACCUCGAGGUGUCCUACAGCCGCUCCACCGACGUGCCGCGCACACUCCAAAGCGCCGAUGCCUUCUUGUACGGCCUCUUCCCCAACAGGACUGCGGCCUUCCCCGCGAUUCACACCGUCGCCGAGGCCUCCGACCGUAUCCUGAGGAGCGAUGCUAUUCCAUACGCGCGUGUCUUUUAUUAUCUGGACGACGCCUGGAAGCGCGAGGUGGGCAGCCCGAAGAUCAACGAACUCAUCGAUUCCCCCACUCUGCAGGCCGUUGCCAGAGAGGCGCUCAGUGAGGGGUACUGCGCGGACCCGGCGAAGCUGAACUCGUGUGCGUACAGUCUGUUCGACAUCGGCACCUCCCUGGAAGCCGUCGGGCGGAUUGAUGAAUUCCCCAAAUUGAAGGAAAACCUGGAGAAGCUGCGCUCGUAUGCGGGGUUCUACUUUCGUGCCCAAUUUGGGUACAACACAUCGGACGAGGUGAAGGUGAAGAUGGGCAGCAGCGGCCAGCCUCUGAUGCAGCAGUUCCUGGCGAACGCUCAGCUGCACAUGCAGGGCAAGUCCACCUACAAGCUGUACCACUACAGCGCCCACGACACAACCCUCAUUCCGCUGGCAGCGACCCUCGCCGAUGACGGCCUCGACGCUGUGAUGCCGCCCUACGCCCAGCUGUACGCCUUCGAGCUGUUGUACGAUGAUGCGGCCAAUGCCUACAGCGUGCGGGUGGUGCGGGGCUCUCCUGGACAGACGCCCGCUACGAAUUACGCCUUCAGCUUGGAUGGGUUCAAACUGAGGUGCAUGGGGAGCGACGGCAGGGUUUACGUGGCCAAAGACAACACCUGUCCCUACUACGACCUACAGCGUUUCGUGGAGUCGAGCAAGCCGACGUCCCCCGAGGGCCUGUGCUACCUCAGCGAUCAUUACAGGGACUUGCUAAGCUGCCCGGCGCAGGCGGGCGCGACCCCCAACAAACACUGCCGGGACUACCGGUUGGCGUGCCCUGCAUUUGCGUGCGGCUCCGGACACACGCUGGAUCCGGUCGCAGUGCAGUGCGUGUGCAGCUCCGCGUCCUGCAUGGAACGGAGUGCCGUCGGGGGCCAGGGAGCGAGCGAGAAGAGAGUGAGCGCAGGUGCGACCGCCGGCAUUGCGAUUGCCUGCUUUGCCGUUGGCGCGAUCCUCGUUGCCUGCGUGGCCGUGGUGGUGGUGUCGCGCAGGAAGAACAAGUACGCGGUGGGGCAAGACCAAUCUGCAUAG